AUGGCGAUGAUGAUGACUGGCCGUGUGCUGCUGGUGUGUGCCCUCUGCGUGCUGUGGUGCGGUACUUCUGGAGCCGCUGCUGAUGUUUCUGAGGAGAUGGCGGAUCUUUCAUCUUCUGAAAGGUCCCAAAUGCUACAAAAUGUGUUAUCUGAGCCUACGGAUGGAAAAGAAAGUUUGGAGCACAAUUCCUGCCUUGAGAGGCUGGGGUCGGAUGUAAAUACCGCGGAAUGUACGAAGGCGAAGACAAACAAUUCGGAUGCCAUUUCUACCGAUCCGUUAUCGCCGUCACACGCGCCCAGUAACCCAAAUCCCGAGAAGGGCCUACAGCCUGUUGCGCCACCUACCGGGCCUGUUCAGGCACAUCAACCCAACCCGAUGCACGUUAAAGGAGUUGUGGAGGAAGUACGGGAAGAGGAUGACGAAGGAAAAAGAAAAAAAGAACUUGAAGAGCAGAAUAAACAGAAAAAUCAAGAAGGUCACGAAAAUCCAUCGUCACGUGAAAAACCCUCAGUAAUAAAAGCAAAUCAACCUGUAGGACAAGAAGCAACGCUACAAGGAGACUCAGCGCAGCAGGGAAGAAAGCACCAGGAAGGAACACCAGUACAA